UUUCACAUCACACUCCAUCCUCCCUCAGAUUGCACACCUUUGCGGAUGAGGCUGUUUGGGCUGCUGCCUCUCGCCGGCGCCGCCCUGCUCCUGCUCGGCAUGGCCGGCGGCGUGCAGCCGACCGUCACGCGGGAGGCGUUCGACUCCAUGCUGAGCGCCCGCAACGUGAGCGGGUGCGAGGGAGGCGCCUUCUACACCUACGACGCGUUCCUGGCGGCGGCGAACGCGAGCGUGUUCCCCGGCUUUGGCACCACCGGCGAUGACAAGACCCGCCGGCGGGAGCUCGCCGCCUUCUUCGGGCAGACCUCCUUCGUAACCACUGGUUACUGCUACGUGAAGGCGGUGAACCGGGCCAGCGCGCCCUACUACGCCCGAGGCCCCAUACAACUGACUACCGAGGACAACUACCGGCUGGCAGGGAGGGCGCUGGGGCUGGACCUGCUGCGCAACCCGGACCUGGUGUCCACGGACCCCGUCGUCGCCUUCAAGACGGCCAUCUGGUUCUGGAUGGCGGCGGCGGCGCCGAGUCCGUCGUGCCACGCCGUGAUGACCGGCGGCUGGACGCCCUCCGCCCAAGACCGCGACGCCGGGCUGCUCCCCGGGUACGGCAUGACCACCUACAUCCUCAACGGCGGGACGGAGUGCAACAGAACCUCCCAGGCGGCCCAGGACAGGGUCAACAACUACUACAAGAAGUACUGCGACAUCCUCCGAGUGGGCUAUGGUAACAACACCUUCUGUCAGAACGACGAGCUAGCUCAACCACCAUCGUCGUCUCUGCACCCUCCUCCUCCUCCUCCAGGAACCCCAGGAGAACCUUCGCCUCCGCCUGCAUCAAGGAGUGUUCUGAUCGGCGUCUCUAGUUCAGUCUCCCUCUUGAUCAUUAUCGGCUCCUUGAUCUGCUUCCUUUUAUGGCGGCGACGGACACGGCGGCGAAAGCAAGCUGAAAUCCGUGAGGAGGCAAUGGAGCAUGGAUCGGAAGAGGGCAACUUCUUCGACGUUGACCAGGCCAUGGAAGACGACUUCGAGAAAGGGGCCGGGCCCAAGCGGUUUCGCUACAGAGACUUGGUCGUCGCCACCGGCAACUUCUGUGAUGAUAACAAGCUCGGACAAGGAGGCUUCGGUUCAGUGUACAGAGGGUUUCUAAAUGGACUGAACCUUCAAGUUGCCAUCAAGAGGGUCUCCAAGGGCUCAAAGCAGGGGAGGAAGGAGUACGCCUCUGAGGUGAGGGUCAUAAGCCGGCUCCGGCACAAGAACCUCGUGCAGCUCAUCGGCUGGUGCCACGAAGGCGGCAAUCUGCUCCUCGUCUACGAGUUGAUGCCCAAUGGCAGCCUCGACCGGCAUCUCUACGGCGCCAAUAACGUCGUGCUCCCAUGGUCCGUAAGGCACGAGAUUCUGCUCGGAUUAGGCUCGGCGCUUCUCUACCUACACGAGGACUGGGACCAAUGCGUCCUGCACCGGGACAUCAAGCCAAGCAACAUCAUGCUAGACGCGUCGUUCAAGGCCAAGCUCGGCGACUUCGGGCUCGCCAAGCUCGUCCAGCACGGCCGAAGAUCACUGACAACAGAUUUCGCAGGCACGAUGGGGUACAUGGACCCGGAGUGCAUGACCACCGGCAAGACCAAUCCCGAGUCAGACGUCUAUAGCUUCGGCGUCGUCCUCCUCGAGACUGCUUGCGGCAGGCGGCCUGUGGUGGUAACUCAGCGGGAGGAGGACGCCGUCCACCUAGCUCAGUGGGUCUGGGAUCUGUAUGGCAAGGGGAGGAUCCUGGACGCCGCCGACGAGCGAUUGGGUGGAGAGUUUGAUGCGCAGGAGAUGAAGCGGGUGAUGAUCGUUGGGCUCUGGUGCUCUCAGCUCGACUUCAAAAUGAGACCGCCGAUCAGGCAGGCCGUCAACGUGUUGCGGUCAGAGGCGCCGCUCCCGAGUCUCCCUGCGCUGAUGCCGGUCGCAUAUUACAUGCCGCCGGUUGCCACGCGAAGCUUUACGUCUUCGUCUGUAACGAGCGGCAGCAGCAGUGGCACUUGUACGUCAUCGAUGGCAGCAUCAGCGCGGCCACCACUCAGUCAAGAUUGAUUGUAGGUACUCCCUCCGUCCACUUUUGUAAGUCGUUUCAGACAGCUCAAAAUGGGCUGUUUUGCACAUUGUCUGAAAUGUCUUCAAGGUCUUAUAAAAGUGAACAGAAAGAGUAGUAGAAUUUUUCUAUGA